UAGCUCAAAAGCUGAACCCUUUAUGUCAGCACAGCAAUUUCUGCCUAUAAAUUAGCCCCUUUAUUGCCUUGGAAGAAAAGAAUUUUGCCUCAGAGUAUAGACCCUUUACCUGAUAAGCUGAAAGACGCUUUUGUAACUGCUCGGUUCUGUAUAAGAAGAAGAAGAGUUUGACGCUUUAUCACUACCCUAAGGAGUCUCAAAGCGGCUAACAUUCUCCUUUCCCUUCCUCCCCCACAACAAACACUCUGUGAGGUGAGUGGGGCUGAGAGACUUCAGAGAAGUGUGACUAGCCCAAGGUCACCCAGCAGCUGCAUGUGGAGGAGCGGGGAAGCGAACCCGGUUCACCAGAUUAUGAGGCUACCACUCUUAACCACUACACCACACUGGCUCAUGGCCAUAUCAGAUGGGAAAUGUAGACAUACCUCGCUUGAAGCAACACUCUAGCCCUCUUCUGAUUAUCUUUUUGGUUUUACGUCAACAUGUGAGGGUGACUGCAGGGUUGAGUCCUCUAGCACUACAUCCACAUCAUUCCCACAGGUUGGAGAGAGAAUGUUUGACAUGGAGAGCCCACAUGGCUUGCAACAGGAGGCUCCUUGAAGUUUGUGGAGCGCAGCCAGAAUGGCAAUAUGGGGGUGGAGGGAAGCUAGCAGACAUGUCCCCACAUCCCCCUUUGUGUGUUUCCUUAACAUGAACAAAAACACUUGAAGAGGGCUAGUCUUUGUGACUUCAGUGCCGUUGACCUUCUGUUGGUUAAAACAGUUGUGCUAGCCUGGAAAAUAAGAUAUGUGCCUGACGGUGUGAAAGGUAUAUGUCAGGCUUCCUCAACCCUCCAGAUGUUUUUGGCCUACAACUCCCAUGAUACCUAGCUAGCAGGACCAGUUGUCAGAGAUGAUAGGAACUGUAGUCUCAAAACAUCUGGAGGGCCGCGGUUGAGGAAGCCUGGUAUAUGUGAUACUUAUUAUCAUUUUACAGCAUGGAGCAUUCUUUGCGAUUCAUUCAUUUGUUUUUGCGAGAGUCUUUUGGCGAGAGUUCAAGAUGGCAGAUGAUGCCUUGAGCUGGGGCAUUCAACAGGCAUUGUGACCAAGGGUCUAAUGAGAUUACAGAAGAGACAUAGAUCUUUUGCUGCUUCCAUCUUUUCUCAGUAGCAUCUGGAUUUGUGCCACGUACAAUGUGGUGGCUUUCACACUGUGUGUUUCCCUGCCUUGGAUUGUUGGCUGUUGGGUUUAGGAAAUGCAGAGUGUGACAGUGUCACAUCAACUGAAUGGCCAACUCAUGAACCCCACUGCAAGACCGCAGAAUGAAGACCAUGCAGCCUCAUUCUUGCUGCUUUUGACAGUUGCCCUCUUUGUCGCCUUUCUGCCAAAGCGGAGAGGUGUGCAAACAAGAGCGGAAAGCAUCACAUAGGUAUUCAGAAGUCCCUUUUGUGCUUUGCAGAGCUGAAAUAACUUUCUUGAGAGUAAGCCUGUUCUUUGAGCCUUAAUGAGCGGCAACUCCUUUUAAAAACCAAAAAACCAAAAAACCAAGGAAGGUCCCCCCCCCCGGCUUCUCUUUUUCUUCUGAAAAUGCACUCUUUUAAUUUGAAGCAUUUGCCACCAACACACUCUCCCUGAAGAAGAGUAUCUGAAGAGUAUCUUUCGUAUCUAAAGAAGUGUGCAUGCACACGAAAGCUCAUACCAAUGACAAACUCAGUUGGUCUCUAAGGUGCUACUGGAAGGAUUUUUUUUAUUUUGUUUCGACUACGUCAGACCAGCACGGCUACCUACUGUACCUGUAACUCUCUCCCUGCGUUCCUCAGUGCCUUAGGAGUUUUGCUAUUGCAUGUAUUGGAAUAAAAAAACUCAUCUCAUUUUAGUUGGUGGAUGAAAUGAAAGGUGACCCUCAUAGGAAAUGGCUUUUGGUCUGGAGAGGAUAUGCAUGCCAUUGGUGGGGUAUGUAGGGUCUUAAUUGGAGCAGGUAAAAGAACCUGGGAGCCAGAGACAUUGCUAAUUAUUUAUAACAUUGGGGCUCUUAGAUGCAACUUUGCAUAAAUGUUGCAUAGGCUGAUUUAUAUGUAUUGAUGCAAGUUUAGAAUUUAAAUGUCACACAGAAUGCAGCCAUCUAAUUUCCCACCCAACGUGCCCCACGUAAAUUAAUUUGCACCCUACCUCAGUUCCUCUUCAAUACAUUUAAUCCCCAGUUAAUUUUCACACAGAUCCUGCUCCAAAUCAAUUCAUUCAUUCCUCCCUCCCUCAAAUCAUUUCUAGACAGACCCCCCAAAUGAAUCUUAUUUCGUCCGGUUAGUAUCUUACUACCAUGCAGCCCAGAUCAUGCACCCGCUUUCAUUUUCUCCCCAGAUUCAUUACCAUUCAGAAACGCUUGGGGCACUUAGAAAAAGGAUUCAUGCCAGUGCCUUGUGGGCCCAUCGCUGGGAAUGCCACUGCUGGGGCAAUCUUAGAUCUGCCCUAGUUUAUGGAGAAGCAGCAUAAGGAUAUUGGUUAUGCUGGCUGCUUCUUACUGGUCGCUCCUUGCACCUGCCAUUGAACUGGCAGAGGACUCUGGAAAGUUUGGGGCCUUUGCCUUCUUCCCUGUAGCUGUUGGUUUCACUCUGGGCGCUGCGUUUGUGUACUUUGCUGACCUCAUUCUCCCUUGGCUGGGUAUCCCUGAGCCUCCUCACACAGCACUGGCUUUGAGCUACGAUUCAAGAGUGGCGAAAGAGAAGUAUGAGCAGGAGCCCAUCCAUCAGCAGCAGCAUGACAAUGAGCUGUCCAUCCGGAUAGGUAGAACGGCUCUACAUUCAGAUAAAGGUGAAAAUGGGGAACCUUAUCAGAGGAAGAAAGGUACUGGAGCUCCUCAGCCAGAUGUUCCUGCUCCAUCCCAAAAUCUCAGAGACAGCACUUCAGUGGCAGCAAGCAACAGCUGGAGGCGGAUCAUGCUGCUCAUCUUAGCAAUAACAAUACACAAUAUUCCAGAGGGCUUGGCUGUUGGCGUUGGGUUCGGCGCUGUUGGAAAGUCAGCAUCUGCAACCUUUGAAAGUGCCAGGAAUUUAGCCAUUGGGAUUGGAAUCCAGAACUUUCCAGAAGGGCUAGCUGUCAGCCUUCCCUUGCGUGGAGCUGGGUUUUCGACGUGGAGAGCAUUCUGGUAUGGGCAAUUAAGCGGCAUGGUGGAACCACUAGCUGGCAUCUUUGGGGCCUUUGCCAUGGUGUUAGCAGAGCCUCUUCUGCCCUACGCCUUGGCUUUUGCUGCUGGGGCAAUGGUAUACGUGGUGGUGGACGACAUCAUCCCAGAGGCACAGAUCAGUGGCAAUGGGAAGCUGGCUUCCUGGACUUCAAUCUUAGGAUUUGUGGUCAUGAUGUCCCUGGAUGUUGGACUUGGAUAACAGGAAAUGCCAACUUUCCCCAUCUUUGACCUUCAGAAUAUGUCAUUCUGGACAAAAUGCACAGCAGAAGCUGGAAUGGGAACACUGUAUUUUUACGUAAUAAUAAUAAUAAUAAUAAUAAUAAUAAUAAUAAUAAUAAUAAUAAUAAUAAUACUGAUCUGGGUUAAUGUUGAUUUGACUUAAAUUAUACGGACUUAAAAUUUGCCAUAAUGUUAAUGUGGGUGGUUUUGGAAAACGCAGGAAAGUCAUUCUUGUGGUUUUCUUUCCUCCUGCCACUCCAUUACUCCUUUUCCAGCGCAGUUGUUGGUAUGAGGUCAGGUCUAAUCUGUGGUGAUUGUCUUUGCUGUGUGUUCACAAAUCUUGUUGUGUGGUAUAAACUGAGUGGUGGAAGGCAACAUCAAAGAGCUGAAAUGGCUUACAGGCUGCUGCCAACAAGCAGAUAGAGUGUCCUACGAUAGAAGUCCAUACAGUGCUUUGUUUUUAGCUGUGGAAAUAUUCGGCUUCACAACUUGUCGAAAUGGAUGGAUCUUUUCUUUUAAUCAAUAAUGGGACCUUAGGGGCGGGGUGCAAGAGCUUUCCUAUCUGCAUAUGGUAUUGGAGGUUUACCUGGAGAGCAAGGGAAGAUUGCUAAGUGUUUGUGGCAAAUGUUAAGUGAAGGCUGCACUUCUUCUGACAAGUGUCUGGGCUUCUAUAGUGCUGUUCCCGUAGGUGCACUCAUUUCCUAAUAUCCCUUGUCUGGUAGGAAAUAUCACCCUUCAGUUUUAGGGUUAUACUUCUGGAGUUACUACUUUAGGGUUUCUGGAGGUUGAGCCUCUGUGAAUCGUUAACCAGGCAUCCCCUCCAGAUGUUUUGGCCUACAACUACCAUGAUCCCUAGCUAACAGGACCAGUGGUCAGGGAUGAUGGGAAUUGUAGUCCAAAACAUCUGGAGGGCCGAAGUUUGGGGAUGCCUGUUCUUAACUCAGUUGACAUGCUAUUAUGGCAUUUUCUACCAUCUCAAGCAAGCAGAGUUCAGCACUGAAGGCGGAUCUGAGCCUCCUAGUGUCAACACUAGGAGGCCUAUUGCAGUAGCACCUAAUUCACCACCACCCCACUCCCUCAUCUGCAUUUUCUAAUAUCUAUAUUUGCUAUGGUAGCAAGAGGGCUUUCUUGGGGAAUUGUGCCCACCCCCUUCCUUGUGAUGAAUGCAAGAGAGUAGAGUGGGGCAGAGUAAAUGGAUGGGGUGAGUUGACAACUUGUGUUCAUCCAGCAAAUCAGUACCAACUCAUUGGCGGAUCAACUAUAAGGGUCGAGAUCCCUGAGUAAAAAGACACGCCCAUUGUGCUCUAUGGCGGAAACAGAAGUAAGAGAGCUUGCAUUGGCACAUCAUAUACUUUUGACAGCUAAGGGCUUCUUGCUUUUUGUCUGUAGCAUUUGUGCUUGCAGGUUAAACCUCAAGAAUUGUGUAUCACUGGGACCUGUCUUCCUAUAUGUCACCUCAGGGCUCUGCAAAAGAGGCCUCUGGAUAACCAGUGCCACACACACACACACAGCCCCACCAAGGCUUUUCUCCAAGUUCACAAAGCAGCAUUUACUUUGGUUGCUUUGUGAUCCCUAUUUUCUCCAGGGGGACAGAGCAUAAGGGGUCAUGUGGUUACCACCAGCCAGUUGGUGCUCUUGGACUAAAUUAAUUGAAAGCCCCGUGGGCUUGUUUCGUCAGUGCGUGUGGUUUUGUUUGUAUGCACAAAGACCAAUACAUAAGGAUGAUUAGUAAUUGAUCUGACUUUUUAACUGUGGUGAGUCUGAAUAAAAGUGGAGGUUUUUAAA